GUCUGCAAGUGCUAAAUUGUGUGUAACUACAUUUGAAAUCAUGGGUGUGAUGAUAGGUUCGUGAAACUGUAAAAAACAAUAAAAUUUAAAAGAUACAGAUCUAUAGGGCUAGUAAAUGAUUUAACAAGCAGGUAAACCAACUCGAGGCUAUUACAUAGGAAGGACUGGUUCCUCUGCUGUGCUUCAGUCCCAUUUGAGUAGACUUGAGCAGCUGAAGGGGUGGAUUGGGUUGUCUUGCAAAUUCAGCUGAAAAUUAAGCUUUUGUUUGUGGGGCUAUUCUACAUGUCAAUUGAUAACCAGUGAACAAAGGGUCGAUAGAUAUUUGGAGGAGUUGGCUUUAGGUAUCAUGUAGCUAGCAAAAGAACAGAGGGAAGAUGACAUUGCUUCUGAUGGGGAUGCUGUCUUAGAUUAGUUUAAAAAGGUGAACCACAGUGAAGUGAGUAUUUGCAUAUGAUUUAAAACUGCAGUAUCCUUAUAAGAAGCAGUUGGCUACACAUAUGUGUUUAUUUGAGGGAAAACUUAUUCCUAGUAGGAAUAGGAUUAAAGCAUUCAGAACUCUUCUACAGGUUUCUGAACACUGAUGAAACUGAAGAUAGCCUUGCUUUGAGUGGGAAUUGGACCAAAAGAGCUGUAAAAAUCCCUUCUGACCUAAAUUAUGGGCAAAUUGAAACAUGACUGAUGCAGAUGAAUCCCAGGCUUCUGACUCCGAUUAUCCUGAUGCUCAAGAGCUAAUAUGCAGUCAGCAGAAAGAACCAAAUGAGGUACACGCAUGUGAAACAAAUAGACGAAUGGAGCGUUCACGUUCAAGGCAAAAGAGUGCUGCUCGUGAGGAAUCUUCAGAUGAGCUUAACAGUAUACAUAAAUCAUCAGCUGCUUCAGCUGAGGUUUUACUGGACAGCAGUGAUUCAGAAACUGAUAUCUUUGCUGCUAGUAGCAGUGAAUGCCAUCCUCAGUGCUCCACUGCACGUUCAAAGCAAAAAAGGAGAUCUUGGUCUUCAAGACAGCAAGCUGAAUCUGUUGCAGGAAUGUCUGACAAUGAAAGUUCUUCAAAUUCUUCUCUGUCCUCUCAAAGGCCAGGGAGAUCAUUGGAAACUUCCAAGAAGAAGUCAAAACUCAAUUUGAAAGCCAUUCUUGCCUAUCACUUCAGGGGAAAGAAGUUUAAGGCUGCUGCACACCGAAAAUUCCGGAGUGGCUCAGGGAAGAAGAAGAAGAAAAAGGAGAGAGAGGGUGAGAGCACACAGAAGCGUAAGGGGAGGCCACCAUUGAGGAUCUCCCCUCAAGAGCGAAAGAGAAUACUUCAAGACAGAGGUCUUCAAUUUCCUUUUGUAGAAAAAUAUUAUGGGAGGAAACAUCUUCCUUUAGCUAUGGUUCUUGACUAUGAGAAUGCAGCUAUAAGGGGAUUUUUCAAGUACAUUAAAAUGCUUAAAUUUGAAGAACAGCUUAAACAAUCUUUAACAGCCCUUCAGGCUAGUGAAGACUUAGAAAGAGAACCUCUGAUGGCACGGAAACACAAGUACUUAGAUGAUGAAGGUCCCAUUUCCCCUAUUCAGGAGAUGAAUGAUGAUGACAACUUGAAUUCUGAAAAUCAAGACGACUUUGAUGCCAGAAUAGUGGAGAACAGCUCUUUCAUUCUAAGCAGCAAAAUUCGCAGUAAGAAAAAAAUCAAAGCCAAAAAAAACCGUACAAAAUCAACUGAAGUGAUGGAAAUAGAGGGAGGGAAUGUGCUGCUAUGAACUCUGGGCUUCUGUAAGAAUCACCUCGGUGAAAAGAAAACUAAGAAAUGAGUUGGCAGUGAUCACUCAGACACCUUCACUUGUUUUGAAGCAUUGGUCUGAAGUCAGUGUUGAACUAUCAACCAAGCAACCUCAUCAGAUUUGGUUUAAGGUGAGUGUAUGGAGCUUGUGUCUGAGACUGUUACAGAACAAGUUUCAUGUCUCUGCUAAGCUUUUAAGUGUCUUCUGUGCUGUUCUGUAUCAAGUGUAUAAUGUCCUUGAUUCAGUGGCUGGUAAUCUUGCUGAAACACUAGCUUCUGCAACUUUUGUUAACCAAUGGAUCAUAGAAUUUGUGUGGUUAAAAAUAGGAAAACAAAUUCCAAAUACUGCAACAUAGCAGCUGCACAGUAAAGUCUGUGCAUGUGCAUCCAUACAUACAUAUGUUCAAGUUACAAAGGGCAAUUUGGAUGCCUGUCUUUCAUAGCUGACUUCUGUGAGUGGUACUGGAGAGGUUAUUUUUUCCGAGUCUUAAGGAAAUGCAAGUUAUGCUUUGAAAUACUUUGAGAGCUAAGUAAGGGUUGAAGACAAAAUUGAUGCUUAAUGUAAAUCAAAUGCCAACAGUAAAAAUGCAAAAGUGGUUAGUCAAACAAAAGUCUUGCAAAAUAUGGUUAAUGCAUUUAAAUGAUGAUAAAAUCAAUUUGUAUGAUUGAGGUUGUCUAUUCCAUGUGGAAUAAGUUUUCAGAAAGCUAUCUCUCUGCUCCUGAAUCUAAUUCAAUAAUCUGAAGUUACAAAUUAUCUUAAAAAUAACUGUAGCAACAUAGUGAAUCUUGGAUGAAAAGAAUUUUUUUUUUUUUUUUCCCCUCUUGCCCUCCUGUCCAGAAUGGGUUCUGAUGUAAACAUGACUAAGCAGAAGAUGAAAGCUCUUUAUAAUGAUAGUACUUAAGGAGCACUGCCCCAGUUGCAAAUACCUUUCUCAAAGGUGUUUUGACAUUUGGAAACAUGACUAGUGAAUGUUUAGAAAUGGUCUGAAUACUAAUGCCUAGAUGACAAGGCUGUCUUGGUAGCAGUAGAAAUAAAAAAUAUUUUAAAAAGUCUACUUGUGAAUUGAUAAGAUUUAGAAAUCAAAGGGUGAUAUGCCUCAUUUAAAUAAUAACCAAAUUGCUGUCAGCAAGAAACUUAACCACCUGUUCAGCAAGUAAACAUAGUCUGUGCCAACAGGAAUGAUGUCAGAAAAAUUCUGUAUGUAUUGAUUUAAUUUCCUUCAAAAUGUAGCUGACAGUCUUAAUUUACAGUAGGUCCUCAGUAUAAUGAGGUCAAGUUUCAUUCCUUGUAUAUUUGGAUUAAGGACCCAGAUCUUCGUAAAGGAAGUUUGGGGUUUCCCAAUUGCAGCUUGGUAGCUCUAGGUGCUAAGACUGCAAAAAUUAGUCUUCAGUAGUUGAAGAUUAUAUUUAAUACUGGUCCAAAAUUGAUGGCUAAAUGUAACUCGGAUCUACCUGAGAAAUACUCUGUCUUUGUCCUGGUUUUGGCUGGGAUAGAGUUAAUUUUCCUUCUUAGUAGCUAGAAUAGUGCUGUGUUUUGGAUUCAGCAUGGGGUUUGGUAUGAGAAGAAUGGUGAUACCACACUGAUGUUUUCGGCUGCUGCUGAAAUUUCAAGGACUCUCGCAACUCCCCAUGUCUUGCCCGUGUGCAGGUGCACAAGAAGCAGGGAGGGAUGCACGGCCAGAGCACCAGACCCAAAUUGGCCAGUGAAAUAUUCCAUAUCAUGCAAUGUCAUGCUCUGUAUAUAAGGGAGGGGGGAUUCUGCCUUGCUUCUGGGAUUGCAAUUGCAGGAUCUUGGUAUUUUGGGAUUGUUAGCUGGGAAUGGGCUUGGAUAUCAGUUGGAGGGUGGUGAACAAUUGCAUUGUACUUUCUAUUGUUACUGGCUUAUUUUAUUACAAUUAUUAAAUUGUUUUUAUGUUGA